AGAAAGAGGGACUACGCACAAGUGCCCGUAAGGGUGAAGGGAGCGGAGACCAGCGGUUCUGCGGGACUGAUUACAAAAGAGACUGUCACCGGCAGCAGCGCUUCGGCUGGGGAAGAAGCGAGCCUCUUGUUCAGCUCCAGGACACAGCUGGCUGGCAGCCGCUGCCUGCCGGCGGCACAGGGGGACCGCGGACGCCUGGCGGAGUGGCACAGGGCGCCGAAGCUGCUGGGCGCUCGCCAGGAGGGCGGCGGGACUGGCUGAGCCCUGGAACUGCGGCGACUCCCCAUCCUCAGAGCUUGGCCUGCGCCUCCCGGACCCUCCCCAGCUCCGGAGGCGCCCCGAGUACCGAGCAAGGAAGGGAAAGGCGGCGGUUCGGCUGAAUGAGUGCCUCCAGCGGAAAGCCUGAGCGAGCCCAGUAGUCGGCGGGAAGUUACCGGCGAGCUGACCCAUUGCUGCAGCUGCGAUGUUGCCGCGAGCAGCCUCAGCCGCUCGGGCCGCCUAGACGUUCCCGCGUCGCUCGCGCCCGUCCUGCCGCUCCCGGGGUCCGGGGACGCGGUGGGGCAGACAUGCCGGACUUGCCAGGGGCCUGUCGCGCGUCCCGCAGCCUCCGGAGACGGGCGCCGAGCCCGGCUCCCACGGCCGAGCGGCGGGGCUGCGGCAACCUGGCGGCCGGGCUUCGGAGCCUUGCAGCGCGGCGCUAGCCCGCGGCUCGGCCCGGACGGGACCGCAGCUGCUCCAGUGAAGCCGAGAGUGCUGGGGACUCACUAGGAGCCCUAACUUCAGGGCCACGAACUGCUACUCCCAUCUGCCUUUGGCGAUCGUCUUUAACGCCCGGAGCACGUCAGCAUCUAGCCACUGCGGCGCUCAGCCUGCCGCACAGAACUCGGGACUACCCCUUCGGCUAGGCGAAUGGAAACCGAGCCCCUUGGAGGACCUGCCCCCGAAGUUCUGGCCCAAGUCACCACCGUGAUCAAGGGACCCUGAAGAAUGGCCGAGCCGUGGGGGAACGAGUUGACGUCCGCAGCUGCCAGGGGGGACCUAGAGGAACUUACUAGUUUGUUGCAAAAUAAUGUAAACGUCAAUGCACAAAAUGGAUUUGGAAGAACUGCGCUGCAGGUUAUGAAACUUGGAAAUCCUGAGAUUGCCAGGAGACUACUACUUAGAGGUGCUAAUCCCAAUUUGAAAGACCGAACUGGUUUCGCUGUCAUUCAUGAUGCAGCCAGAGCAGGUUUCCUGGACACUUUACAGACUUUGCUGGAGUUUCAAGCUGAUGUUAACAUCGAAGAUAAUGAAGGGAACCUGCCCUUGCAUUUGGCUGCCAAAGAAGGUCACCUCCAGGUGGUGGAGUACCUUUUGAAGCACACGGCCAGCAAUGUGGGGCAUCGGAACCAUAAGGGGGACACCGCCUUUGACUUGGCCAGGCUCUAUGGGAGAAAUGAGGUCCUUAACCUGAUGGAGGCAAAUGGGGUUGGGAGAGCGACAGAUCUGCAUUGAGUAUGGGGAGGGUUUUCCUACAUCGCCUAUGCUUUGUCAUUUAAUUGGUUGGCUACCUUGACUAUUUUAAUAUCAUUCCUUAAGAUAGGUUUUUUUUUUCAUACUUUAAGCAGCUAGUUAAAUCUUCUGAAGCAGCAUAAGUGAAAUUCUUCCUACAGGUUUAUGGUUAUAUUUAAGCAAUAUUUUUUCACUGGCAAAACCCCUGAUUUCUAAUAUGUAAUUGCAAAUAGCUUUGCUUUCUUCUGAACAUUUUAUCCCUUUGACUUUUUCUUUGCUUACCUUUUUAUACUCCUUUGCUUAUCUCAGUAUCCAACUUGGAGGCUUUGUUUUUAAAAUGAUUUGUGCUGAUGCUUCUUUUGCCUAAUUAAAAUACUGCUUCAGAACAGGAUAACGUUUUUCUGUGGUUUUCCCUCUUCUGUAACCUACACAACUUAGUAUAGCUAAGAACUGUGCUAGAAGUUCAUGUAUUAAGUAUUGGAAAGGUGGACCAUUUGGAAAACUAGACAUAUUCUGUUUAUAAUUUGUUUUUUUCUCUCCCUUUCCCACCCUAUACAUUUUGCUUGCUGCCUAGUAUUUCUGCUUUAAAACAAGAGUAACAUUUUUGAAGAUCAAACCUGAAAUUAUCUGUGAAUUUCUCCAAAUGUUCAAUCUUCCUUUUUAAAAAAAAGUCAGAUACUUGAAUUUUCACAAGUAGUGAUCUGAAAACAAAUAUGUAUGAGCUCUGAAGCCACUUUUUAAAAAAUUAUCACCUUAAAGUUACUUCCCAUUAGUUGAUUUUUUAAAAUUACAAAAUGAAACAAUUAAGUGAUACAUUUCCCAAAAUUGUACCAUAAAUAUGCUAAACAUAAUGCCUUUUUUUUUUUGUGGCGGAACCGGGGAUUGAACUUAGGCCCUUGCACUUGCCAGGGAAGCGCUUAUUCUACUGAGCCAUCUAUUACUGGCCCCCAUAAUGCCCUUU